AAAUUGGUGGGGGUCAAUAGUAUUGUUGACAAUGAUUGUUUCAGUGUGGAAUCAGUUAUGGGAAUGACUGGUGUAUUCAAAUGGUUUAGACGAGACAUGAUUCAAAGAGACACAAGCCGCCAAAGUUUGCCGCCAAAUUUAACUGGUCUCAAUAACGAUGCCUACCGCACAGCAUUCCAAGCGUUUCUGGACCGUCGACGUGACCCAUCAGACCCAGGGUUCAUUAUCAAUAGCCCAGAGAAAGCGCGUACAGAGAGCCCAUCAAUACUGUGGAAAAAAAACUACGAGAACACGGCGAAGAACAAUGAGGAGAGCGAGUCUACAGACUUGAUGACUAUUUGUGAGAUACCAUACGCGUCUCCAUCGGAGAUAAUCGAAAUCGGAUGGCUUGCUGGUACCGAGGACCACUCCAUCGAGAUGAUGUACGCAGAGUGGCAAAGUAUUAAAGUAUCAUUGCGCAGACAUCUCAGCAACGAGUGCAAAAAUGCUGUCAAGGCUGACAUUAAAAUCCUGAGCGCGAUCCGGCAUCCGAAUCUCGUCCUGUUAAUGGGAACGACACACUGCGGCAGCCAUGAUAUUGCUGCAAUUUGUGAACCUAUUGACUGCACACUCUAUCAUUAUAUUCACGAGCAGUGCAACCCGAUUUCAAUACAGGGUAUCGCUAAAAACGCUGGGCAACUCACCUCGGCAUUGAAGUAUGUCCACAUGCGAGGGUACAUUCAUACUGCCAUUAGUUCACACUCUAUAUUCUUGACGUCCAAUGGAGUUAUGAAAAUCGGGGCCUGGGAACUGGCUAUUGAUAUUAAUAAAAUGUCUGUUGACGUACGCAAGUACGAAGAUCGGUUGAGGUCGGAGAUCUUUAGAUGGCAAGCACCGGAACUGUUUAGCCAUCAAAGAGCGACGACGGCGACUGACGUUUACGGACUUACGCUGGUGAUGUGGGAAAUGUCUACGAUGAGCGUGCCCUGGGCGGACUUGAAUAAAGAAGAGCUUGAGCAUCAAUAUAUUGAUUUGAAACGAGGCAUAAUGACGGGUAAUUACAACUUUCCGCCUCUGCUAAAGAAUUUACUGGAAACUGGAUUGGUACUGGAUGCUAACAAAAGGACACUGGACAUGAUGAAGAUGAGCCGGUUCUUGCUCAGACUCGAGAUGCAGUACGAAGAUAAGAAACCUCUUUAUGUUGAUCAAUCUUUUGUCAAUAACCGCGAUACUCUUAAUGAGUUCAGUUAUUUGUCCGAGACCUCGAUGAUUACCAGCAACACUUCGCCGUUUGUUUUGCAAUCUGUGUCUGUUUCUUCUGCUAAUGUCCCUCAAGUUAUGAGCAAUAAAACACCUGACCAACAAAAAACAACAGUCGAGCAAAAAAAUCCAGUAAUAGUUAGAGAAAAAACUACCGCGAUGCAACGGAGGACUCCAAUAGUUCAACAGAGAGCUGCGUUGAUAAAACAAAAAACUCCAUUAGUCCAUAAAAAAAAUUCAGCUUCAAUCCAACAAAAAACUCCGCGUCUAAAAAAUUCCCUCGCGUUACAAAGAACGCCGGCAUCGAGAAAAAAAAUAGAAUCGCGAAAAUUAUUUUCAGAUGAGAACAAAAAUUUGCUGAACCAAUCCUUCGACAGCUCGAGUCUCAAGAGUAUUGACUUGCUUGACACAAAAAACUCUGAGAUUUACACCCGCGAAUUCCGGCAAACUCCGGUGGUGCAGCGCAGGCCGAAUUUUAUUUCAAAUGUGAACGAAUCGAUACCCGAGGAGGCGGGAGGAGAUCCUCGACUUGACAUAAAAAAAAUAAAAGAGAUACUGGCGAAUCGCAGGAACACGUUCUUCACAACCGACAUCACCCAGAUGCAGAACAACCCCUUCCAGAGAUACGAGUCCACGAAGAGUAAAAUAAUAAACCAAGUAGCUAGCAGAGACUACGAGCCGCACAAACCGGCGAGCCACAAGACCAGCAUCGCACCCAAGUUGAAUUCCUCUGUUGAACAAUCCAAGACUAAAUUAACCCCCAGGAAAGGAUCCAGUCCCAGGCCGCCUUACUCCUACGUCCCACCUCCGAUAAGAAGCGCCGUGAUACAGCCGCAGGUUUUGAACUCGAGCUCUCAGAGCUUCUUCGAGUCAUCGCUCUGGAGAAAAGAAAAAUCUCAGUACACAUCCAGCGGACAGUUUGAAGACUCUCUGGAGUACCGAAAUAAAACCUCCUCGUCUUCGAGCAACAAGACCUUCGUCAUCAACAACUCGCCCGGCCUCAGUAGCAACGGGAACGGCAAAUUUACCGCACAGAAAUUCGUAAAUGAUCAAGCACUUAAUGAAAUUCCCCGCAGCAGUUCACUGCAAGCUCUCAAGGACACUCUGGAACGCGUUACCGAUCUGGUGAAGGCUUCCGCUAACGCAAAUAAUUCGUCCUCCCAGUCGCUGACGUCACCUGGAAGCAAAGGGUUUGAAAACUAUGGCGAGGCUCACGAUACUCUGCGCACUCCAGAGUCUAUUUUUGAGGAGCUCUACAAGUUGAACGACAACGUCGACGAAGAAAUUCGUCCGAUAGAGAGAUCCGAGAGUGCCGGGACCUUCACGAUGGAGUUGAAAAAAUUCUACGACGGCACUGAGAAUAAUUGUCCUGCAGAUCAACAGUUACGGAGUAAAGAACGGACUUCGCCUACUUUGGUCGAGGUACAGACGGCUCUGCAGUGCGGAAUUCCUAUUCGCAGUUGUAAUGAAUACUCGGGAGUAAUAAGACACGAGAUAGUAAACAUCAACGGGCUAAAGAGCAAUGACUCCAGUAGUAGUUUUGCUGAAAAACCGCCAGUGUAUCGUGAAAAAAAUAAUUUUGAGUUGUUUGGUGAUCAUCUGAAGCAUAAAAAAAAUGAGUACACCUCGUACUCAGAAAUAUCUUUGUCACGCAGACGGUCAUUACCGCCUAGUUUGUGCGAGUUGACAAUUAAUAGUAAUAGCAAUAGCAAAAAUGAGUCACCGCUAACUAAAGUAACGAGUAAAAAAACAAAUGACCUCACUGAUGAAACUGUUGAAGACAUUUACAUUGACGACGAGUUCAACGAAAAUAAUUUGGCACCAAAUAUGAUUCUCUCGGACAGAAACUCGACCACUGACAGCCAUGACAUUUAUCCUCAUUUAGCAGACCAGUCUGAACUCAUAUAAUUUAUACAAACUUAUUAUUUUAUAAUUUAUUGACUUAAUUUUAAAUAAUUGAUUACGUUUUUUUUUUAAUUUUAUAAGCCACCAUUGGAAUAAUAAAAUAAAUUCUUACAUUUAUAAACAA